AUAGAAAUGACCUCAUUCGAAAGUGUAAACAAGUUGUUCGUGCUGUUGUUAUGUUGUCCGGAUAUAUGAAAUUAAACCAGAAAAUAUGAUGCAAUUCAAUUUUGAUGACCCGAGUUUGGUCUUGAAAAAUGCUAAGGAAAAACAGAUAAAUUACUCGCACCCUGUCAAUGCUAAGUGUCUUGAUUUAAAUGGUGAUGUGGCCACGAUGAUAAUAGAAAAAGAAAGACGACAUGCUGCUGAAUCGAAUUGUGAAAUGCUGUUACAGGAACUUGAGUCAAGAGAAGCAUAUCUUCAAGAUUUAAAAAAUUCACUUUUUAAACGUGUGGAAGUAGCAGAAUAUCAAAUGAACAAACUUAUUUCCUUAAGAAAUGAAGAAACAGAAGAGGCUCAGAAAGCCAGUAAAAUAUUACGUUCCAGCAUAGCCAAAUUAAGAGAACGCUUUAUAAUUGACAAAAAAGAGCUUGAAAACAAGGUAUGUUAUUUAAUUGUUCCUUUACGUGGUAUUUAUAACAAUAUUGGCUUGAUUCACUACUCGUGUGUGCGUAAAAUAAAUAAAUGAAAUCAAACCUUUUCAAGACAUAAUUAUUACAGACGUUAGCAGAUCCGCAAUAGGCCUGAUACUAUAUGUUUCAGAUAUGUUCCAUUCAAGACACCUACGAAGGUCGAAUCACAGAACUGAAUAACAUAUUAAGACAAUCAGAGAAAAAUCGUGAAAAUUUGUUUGCAAAAUUUAAAACAUCGGAAUUUACAAUUCAAAAGUUAAAUAAAGAAAUUGCGAAUGGUAAGAACGAAUUAAAAGACUCAAUGCGUCGCAUUGCUCAUCUUCAACAGAUUAAUUGUGACCUAUCCAAUGAGUUGGCCAAGUCCAAGUUAACUGUUCAAAAAACUUCAGCUCGUGCGGAGAACUUGGCAAAACAAUACAAUGAAUUAAGAUGUAAAACUGAACAAGCAAAUGCUAAUUUAACUCAAAAUGAAAAAGCUGUACGAACUGCGUCUGAAAGACGUUCAUCAGCUGAGAAUGCAUUAGUCGCUGCACAUCAGCGAGCUGAUAAUUUAUGUACACGUAAUACACAAUUAGAAAAAGAAUUAACUACUAUUAAAGUUCGUGCUGAGGAACAAGCGAAAGUGAAUGAUACAACUGUUACUAAACUCAAACGUCGUUUACUUGCUAUUCAAAGUGAAGCUUCAAAAUGGAAACGAUCUUAUCAGGAGGAAAAAAAUAAUCGUAAUCUAGAUUCACAAAAAUCAAAUGAAUUAAUUCAAACUAUUUUAGAUGAACGUAAUUAUUUAGAAAAAGAAUUAAAUUCAACAAAGAAUGAUAUGAAAGAACAUGUUUUAUUAAUUGAACAUUUACAAAAACAAGCUGCUUUUGAUGCAUCCAAUGCAUCAACACGUUUAUUAGCUGCUUUGUCAACUGGUGAAGAAGGUGUAGCCACAGCGUUAGAAUUAAAACAAUGCAUUGAGCAACAUUUACAACCAGAAUUAAAAUCUUUAAUAGAAAAAUGUAAACAUUUGGAGUCCGAACUCAUGGAAUCAAAUAGUAAAAAUGAACAAUUACAACAAGAAUUAAACAAAGCCAAUGAGACUAUUGAACAUACAGAAUUAAAUUUAAACAAACAAAAUGAUAAUUUUGUAAAUGAAUUAAAUUUAUUGAAAGAGCAAAUUUCAGAAGCAAAUGAACAAAUAAACAUUAAAUCAAAAUUAUUAGAAAAAUCAGAAAACCAGAUAGAACAAUAUCAAUCAGAAUUGAAUAGUUUACGUAUGUCUAAAACUAAUAAUAAUGAAUCAACAAUAGAAGAAUUAAAAAAUAUGACAAAAGAAUUAAAUGAUUUAAAAUUAAAUCAUACAAUUGUACAAAAACAAUUACAUACUAAUCAACGUAUAAUGAAUAAAUUAAAAUUAGCUAAAACUACAGCAUUAACUAAUUAUGAUAAUUUACAAAUUGAAUUAAAAAAUAAAUGUGAUAAUUAUGAAAAACAAUUAAAUGAAAAAUCUAAUGAAAUUCAACGUAUACGUCAAAAAUUAAAACAAAUUGAAAUUAAAUUACAAGAAGCGAAUAAUAAAUAUGAAAACCUUAUGGAGGAAUCUAAUAAUCAAUUAUGUUUCAGUCAAAAUGUCAUCAAACAGCUAGAAAAUACAAUGAUGAAUCAAAAUAAUCAAAUUACAAAAAUUAAUGAAAUGGAAUUAAAAAUAACUGAAUUGAAUAGUUUACUAGCAGAAUCUGAAUUACGUUUAAAAUCUGCUAAUACAACGCAGGAAUUAAAUGACCAACGAUAUAAUGAAUUAGACAUUUGUUUUAAUCAAUUAAAAAUCAAAUUGAAUGAACGUGAAAAUCUGAUUAAAUUUUUGGAAAAUGAAAUUCAAAGUAAAACUAGUUUAUUUGACGAAAAAUCAAAAGAAUAUGAAUUACUUAAAGCAACAGUUGACCAACAACUUGCUAACUCAAAUAAAACAGUAGAAUUUUCAACCAAUUUACAUAAAGAAAGUGAAAUACAAAAAUCUAAACUGGAAGAACAUAACAGUCGACUUCAACAAGAAUUGUUAGAAGUUCAAAAAAUGAAUCGACAAUUACAAUUAGAUAUUCGGGAUUUAGAGAGUAAGUUAUUGGAACAAAAUCACGAUCAAACGAACCAAAUAUCUGCGUAUAAUGAAACCAAAUACGAAUUAAAAGUGCUAACUGAGAAGUUUAAUACUCAAACAAAACUGUUGGAUGAUACAAAAUUAAAUGUUGAUGCAUUGACCAAGGAGAAACAGUUACUUCUUGAACAAAUUGAACUUGAUAAACAAAAACAUAAACAAUUAGAGCAACGACUUCAAAAUGAAUCAAAAUCACAUGAAGACUUAAAAACUAUUCUUACUAAUCAAAUUUCAGAUUUGAAUACAAAGUUAUAUGACACUGAAAAACUACUGCAUGAAACCAAGAAUCGAUUUUAUUUAGCGGAACAAAAGGCAGAAUUAGCUUGUCAAAAAGCUAAACAAUUAUCUAUUGAAACAGCAGCUGUAAAAAAUCUCCCACAUUUGGCAAAUCAUUCUCUACAUGCUGAUGAAAUUAAUGAUAUAAUUUUAGAUUCUCACUUACAUCAUAAUAAUGGUUUACACUUAGUUGAUAAUCAGAAAAAUGGAUGCAAAUCAAUUUUACAUCAACUUCACAGUCGUAAUCCUUCAUCUGUAAAGUUGCUAGUGGAAGACAACACAUUUCCAAAUUCAGGUCUUAGUAACUACAAAUUAUCGGCCUCCAAUCGAUCUUCUAUGAAUUUUACGCCAUCCUCUCUCAUCGAUAAAUUAGGGAAUGUAAGGCGAACUACGGAGAAUUCAUCAGAUCCUGUCGGUGAUUUAGAAACUUUAAUCCGUCAGGUUACAAAUAAAUUAGAUCAACAAGAGAGAAGUUGAUAUACAUCUUAGUUUUAUAUAGUUUAACCAUAUUUACUUUCAUUGUUAUGAUUAAGUGUUAUAAUGAGUAUAAUUCCUUUAUGAUGAUACUAGUUUACAAAAUGCUUUUGUUACUUUUCAUAACAAAAACACGAAACGUUGGACUACAAUACUAUACAUAUUUCUUAUGAAUAGAAGCAACAAAAUAUGAUUGUUCUCUUGAACACUUUGUGUUUUACUGGGUUGCAAAUAUAUCAGAUGACAAAAUUAAUUGUAAUUUCCGUGUAUGUAUGAUACAAUUAUACAUUUGAAUGUAAAUGGCUAUUGAAAAAUUUAUUUAAUAAUGAGUUCUAGGCAAGUAUAUCUCUAUUCUACUUUACCUUAAUAAUAAUAAUAUUGUUGAUAAUAAAGGUUCUAAACAUAUGUAAUAUUUUGUUUUGAUAAAUCAACCAUACAUGAUUAUUACUUUAUCGACAACAUAAUGGUGAAGAGUCAGAAAAAUAGCCCUA